CAUGGUGGACGAGAGAAGAAGAUGGAAAGAGUUCAAACAAUUAAUGACAUUUCAACGUUUUUAGAGAAAUCAAGAGAAGAUCUUUACCAGAUUUUAGACAAGAUAGGAUGGGAUAAAGAAGGAUUAGAGAAAGAUGCAAAGAAAGCUGUUUGUCCUAUUGAUAGCUCACAUGUCAUGCCAAGUUCAUCUUUAGCUGACCACAUAGAGAAAUGUAGAUUGAAGAAAGAAUUUGUAGACCCAAAGGAGGUCUGCCCAAGUUCCCACUUCUUUUACAAAAAUUCAUUGGCUGUUGUACCAGUAUUGAUAGAUAAGAAAAAGUAUGAAAGUUUUAAAUGCAUUAAGAAAGAACCUGAUAGGGAAACCAGUGCUGCAAAAGAUGGAAACAAGCCUUGGGAGUGCAUACCAUCUAACAUGGAUGAUAUAGUUGAGGGCGCACCAAGUAGUCCUCAUCUGACAACUAAAUAUGAACAGUCAAAUAUACAGAAUACAAGACCAAAUGCUGAAUCAGCAAUAUCCACUGCUGCCCAAGGAAAAACACACUUUAAUGGUGAAGAUUCACUGCAAGAUGUGCAAACAUCAUCAGACCUUCAAUUACCAAUGCCUAAAGUUCAAUUUGACCUGAGUUCAGAACAGAGAUUAGCAGUGUAUGAUUAUGUUGUUCAGACAGCUAAAGCUAUCAAAAGACGUGCUGCAGAAGAUGAACUAGAAGAGCUUCAGAACAUAGCAGAAAAUACUGGAGAUGAAAGAGGUGGUGCAGCAGUACCAAAGUCCCAUCUGGAUACUCUUGCUGAAAUGAGAGACUAUAAACGACGCCGUCAGAGUUACCGUGCUAAGAAUGUGCACAUGACAAAGAGAUCCAACAUUGAGGUCAUGCGGGAUCUGAUUGAAACCCAAAUGAAAAUGCUUGAGGAGCUUAACCAGGAUGAAGAUAAUAAAAGUACCAAAGAAGGUCAAAGAACAAGGUUUGAUCAGGAUGACGACGAGGACACCAGUAGAAUAGAAAGAAGCAGAGAACGAAGAAAAGAAGAAAGGCAUAGAAACAGAGAUAGUGAAAAGAGCUCAAGACAUACUUCUGUGAAAUAAAGGUUAUUUACCAGUUAGGAGAUCUGAAUAUUUAGGUAAAAACUUAGUCCUACAGAGCUGGUCCAUUUUCAAGGCCGAGAGCACAGUUUUCCCUACCAGCUGAGCAGUGAAUGCAGGAAGUGGACAAAUGACCGGCCAUAAGCAUUUUUGGAGCUUGAAAAGAAAAAAGCAAAUGUAGUGCUAAAGUGGAAUUGUUUUAUUCCUUUCCAUAUUUCUGCUUCUUGUAGGCAUGUAUAAUACAUUUUAGUCAAGAUAAACUAGAAAAAUAUGCAAAAGUUGGCUUACAGUAGCCUGUUAAUUAGGGCAGUCGGCAAAACAUCUAAACGUGUUGUGAUUGGCUGAAACAAAAUUCACUGCUCAGCUGGACCAACAUUUAAUUUGGACAGUAAAUAUAUUGUUUUGUAAAAAAAAAAUUCAGGUUGGCAAUGCAUUCAUGACAGGGAUAGAAGUGCUCACAUAGCCAAUCAGAACACAGUAUUUAGAAUAGUGGACUGGAAAAACAUAAAUACUAUUCAAUCCAACUAAAAUUCUGUUUACUUUGUCCAGAUCUUCUGGCCCUUUGGGUAAUAAACAGACACUUUUCUUUACAGCAAAUAUUUUACUUUAAUAUUAUUUAUUGAUAAUGAGAAGCUGUACAAGUUCUAACAAAUGUAUCUUAAUUUUACAUUUUUAAAAACUGCAGUUGUAAUAAUAAAUAUGAGCUGUUAAAAUGCUUAUUUAUGGUCUUUACAUGGUAAAAUGUUUUGGACUGGUCUUGCUGGAGUAGUCCAUGUUCUUCAGGUUGGCUUUCACUGCAUGCGGCAUCAUACAAAAUUGCAAUUAUUUGUAUUUUGUUUUAUGACUAAAAUUUAUUGACUUUGGCUUGCUAAAGUAGCAGAGUUGAUCAAUUCAGUCACAGACCUUUCUUAUGUGGCAGACAUGUUAGCUGGAAUGAUAGAUUUUCCAGUCUAGCCUUGCAUUAGCGUCCUACACAGCCAUCCUUAGGGUCAGUCUGACAAUGUUUCCCUCCCCACGGAUGCCUGAUUACUUGCUACUUCUCCUCUCCCUGUGUGCUGCUUCAAACCCCCACCUCACCACCCGACCAAGUUAGGGGAAAAACUCAACUUCACUGCUGAGUUAGGAGGGAAGAGGGGCUGUUAACAGCAUAGCUUACUUGAGCAGAACAUCCUUUCCAAAAACUGACCAAUUCAGCACAAACCUUUUAAAAUCAAGAAGGUUCAUACUGAUUGAAAAGGUUGUGUAACRCACCCUAAGGACAGCUGCAUAGGAGGCUAGCAUUCAAGUGCUCCAAAUGAGUUUAUUCAGACAGGAACAAAAGCUUCUGUAAAUUAUUGGCUCAUGGGAAUAAACAUGGUGGCUGAGUGACAAAUGUCCACCGAGGUGCACAUGCAAUAUUACGGCCACCAUGUUGGAUGUGUUUAACAAAAGAUUUGGUCAUAGUUACAUUUGAAAUCAACUGAACAUAACAGCCAUGUCUUUUUUUAAUUCUUAUGGGAAGGGAUGCAUUCCAGGUAUAUUACAUAUUGUUCUUGUUGUACACUAGCAGUGUAUACACUCAAUUGAAGAAUCGUUGUCAGGUUCAGAAACAUAAAACAUAGAAGCUGAGACCAAAAUGGCACAUGGGAAGUACGUUAAUUAGAUGCAUGCUGUGACCAGCAACCCGUGGCAUCAUCCACUGUUUUUAAUACGCA